AGAAGGGGCAGAGCAAAGCAAAGAAGAUCUGGGGAGCAGCGGCGACUCCGCCUCUUUUCCCUUCCCUUUCCUCUUGCAAGAUCGUUUUCUGCCGCCUUCUCAUCUCAAGAGCGGAUCCGGGCUGAUCUCAUCGCUUGCAAUGGAGAGGCAACCCGCCUCUGAGCUGGAGAAUUCAAACCCCGCCGCGCCAGGAGCAACACCACCACCACCAGUUUCUUCACGAUCCUGCCACUCCAGCUUCUUGACCCGUGUCAAGGAAAAACUCUGCACUUGGCAAAUUGUGAAAACGCUAUUCCUGGGUCAGAUACUUUCCCUGUUUAUAUGUGGGACUGCAGUUACAAGCCAGUACUUAGCUGAGAAGUACCAUGUGAAUACUCCGAUGCUGCAGAGCUUCAUCAACUAUUGCUUGCUUUUUCUUGUAUACACGAUGACUCUGGCCUUCAAGAAAGAUAAUGACAACCUCUUGCAGAUCCUGAAAAGGAAAUGGUGGAAGUACAUUUUGCUUGGAUUAGUUGACGUUGAAGCUAAUUACUCCAUUGUAAAAGCCUACCAAUAUACCACCCUAACAAGUGUCCAGCUCCUUGACUGUUUUGGGAUUCCUGUGCUGAUGGCAUUAUCGUGGUUCAUCCUCCGUGCAAGAUACAAACUGAUCCAUUUUAUUGCUGUUGCUGUCUGCCUGUUGGGUGUAGGGACCAUGGUCGGUGCAGAUAUAUUAGCUGGGAGGCACGAUGGUGAAGGUAGCGACGUAGUGAUCGGAGAUGUCUUAGUCCUUCUUGGUGCUUCGUUGUAUGCCAUUUCGAAUGUGAGUGAGGAAUACAUUGUGAAAAAUCUGAGCAGAGUGGAGUUUCUAGGAAUGGUGGGCUUGUUUGGGACUAUUAUCAGCGGUCUGCAGCUAGCCAUUCUGGAACAUAAAGAUAUCACUUCUAUUCAGUGGAACUGGAAAAUUGUGUUGCUCUUCCUGGCCUUUGCACUGUGCAUGUUUGGGCUGUACAGCUUCAUGCCAGUAGUGAUCAAAGUAACCAGCGCAACAUCCGUCAACUUGGGCAUUCUGACAGCUGAUCUGUACAGUCUUUUCUUUGGCCUCUUUCUCUUUGGCUACAAGUUUUCAGCCCUAUAUCUCCUGUCCUUUGUGGUCAUCAUGGUGGGCUUCAUCAUGUAUUGUUCAACACCGACCCGCAGUGCAGAGGCUGUCUUGACCAGCUUGCCCCUGGCGUCCAGUAUUGGGUUUGACAAUCACGCCUUAAAAAUGGAAGAGAACCUGAAUGCGGCCAUCGUCUCACCUGCACAACACAGCAAAGAAGAAAGUCAGAUGGGGGAAGCACCAGAUGCCAAACUAACAGCCUUGUGAAAUGCAGAUCCUUUCAGUUGCCAGAAUCACCUUGGAAAUGCCAGUAAACAAGAUAUAAUGAACAUUAUGCUAUGUUAGGGUGGAUAAACUGGAGAGGUGCCUAUGGUGGAGUCUGUGCUCAUGCCAACGUCUGGAAUUUCAGCAUAAGGUCACGAGGGCUAGAUCUUUAGUUGAAUUGUCUGUGUUAAGUCAUGCUCAUUGAAGAUCUGUCCGAGGGGAAUAGAAAGGUAAGGACUACUAAGAGAAUGAUUAAUGUUUAUGUAGAAAGAAAGAAAAAAUCUACCCUAAAGAAAACCAAAUUGUGCUCAGAAUAAAUUAAUAAUUUAUGAAUAAUUUUCCCUUUUUCCAUCGUUUACACUUUGAAGGACUGUGGAAUAUUUUCGGCAACCACAAGAUUGGCAAAAGGAAAAAAGGUGGAGAGAGGGAAAAGUGAGGGAAGGAUGACAUGAAACGUGAGGUUAGAUGGCCAGUAUUAGCAGAAAGACUGCAAACCUAAGGGGGGGGGAGAAAUGAAUCCCCAUCUCCAGACCACUAGACCAUGAGGACUAGAAACUGUUUUUAAAAAUGAAUUAAUGAGGACUAGAAGCUUUUUAAAAAUGAAUUGGAUAACCAUAUCCAACUCUUACACAAUUAAAAUGCAGAGUCUGUACGUCAUUUUUGCAAUAAUUUAAUUGCGCCUUAACACUUGGAAGCCAGUGUAAUCAUGCCUGGUUGCACUGGCAAGUGAUGCUGAUGAAGCAACUUGUGAACUGUUCUGUGACUCCAUCUGAAUUGAAGGAUACGCUGAGUUCAGACUAUUUCUGGCUUCAUUCGUCUCAUCAUUUUUCAUCUCGGAUAUGAUGGGUAACCCUCUUCUGCUGGCAGAGAGCUCAGCAGUUAAACUAUAUGCGUGUUUUAAUUUUGAGGGGCGCAAAAACUCUGUGUAAAUCAGAUCUUUGAAAAUGUGAAGACAGUAUUUUAUGCCACAAUAAAUAAUGUAUCAAGCCCCAUAUAUAUUUAAACCCAUUAACUGACCAUUUUCCCAACUGUGUACACCUCUGCAAUUAUAAGAUAUGCUUUCAGGACCAACUGUAUGACCUAUUCACGUUUUGUAAAUAUAUAUUUGAAACAUAAUAAGCAUUUGUGCGCCAAUUCAGCGAGGGAUUGGGAAGUGCAGAUCUCAAAACGUGAGAUGAAUUAAAGCCACAAAAGGCUGCUAUUGCAUAGCUUCCAAAUGCAAUACAGCAGGAGCUCCAGAAAGACAUAUGGAAUACUGCUCGGCAGGUACAGAGCUUGGAAAAGUUACUUUUUUUGAACUACAACUCCCAU